AAAUUAAUACAAAUACAAUUAAACGAAUAGAUACCAACCAAAAGGAUAUGCAAUUGUCUAACAAAUUGUAGUAAGAAGAAAAAUUCCAGCGCUUGGCCAAAAGUGAAAAGGAGAUUACCACGUGAUGCAGUCGAUGGACCAAUUGCAGGGGUCAAAGUCAAAAAAUCGAUAGACCGCCUUCUCUUCUCUCUUCAUCUACUCCAAAUUGUGUCCCAAUUCUGUGAUUUGGUUUAUUAUCCUUCAUUCUUUCGGUUUUUUUUUUUUUUCAAAACUCACAUAGUAAAAGUAAAUCUCAGCAGUGUUUGCACGACAAAUAAUCUGGUUAUAUAACAACACAGGCUUUAACCCACAUCCCCCUUACCAAGGGGGGCGGCUCUAUAAAGCAAGAGAAAACUCAAUCGAUAGACUCUUGGUGGCCCAUGAUGUGGUGCCGCUGCCGCUGCUGCUGCUGCUCCUAAUUGGAUUUACACGCAAGUGAUUAGCCCAGCCCCAGAGUCCAGUAAAUCCAUCAAAAUCCCCAAAGGCAAAUCCACCAACAGAGAGAGAGAGAGAAAGUGAGUGAAAGAGAGAGAGAGGGAGAAAAAUAGAACGAAACUAGUAAGGAAUUCCUUCACAUAAAGGCAAUGGGUAAAAAAAAGGUACCUAGCGAGGAGCUAAUUGUUCCCCCACAGGAUACACGAAUAUGUGGCACCAUAUGCAUAUGCCAGAUGACUUUGGUCCUUAGCUCCGUUGCAUUGGUCUAUCUAACUGUGGCCAUUUAUAUGCCCUCAACGCGAGCCUUCAAGAGUGGCAUUGACCCAUUUUUUCCCGUCAUGUGUACCACAACACGGGCCGUCAACAAGGACAACUGCGAAUGGGGCAGCUGUGGUGAAUGGUGUUUAAGCAAAACAUCCGGUGCCUGCAUCCAAAUCUAUGUGAAUCUUCGCAGCAAUGGCACAAAUCUCACCUUUCAGAAUUGUACGAAUUCGGCGAACAAGACAUGCUAUGGCAUCGAUCAGGAUCGGGCCGAUAAGGCCAGAUGCAUUAACGAUGAGUGCAAGAAUCUAACUGGCACAUUUAACUGCACGGCCGGCCAAUGUUUGAACAUAACCGAUGCCUUCGAGUGUGUCUUCCAUAACAGUGAUGCGCCGGUCAAAUGUUCCGGUCGUCGGGGCAAAAUCAAUUGCAUGGAUAUCAGUGGCCUGUACUCAUGCAAUCGCGGGACUUGCCGCAAAAUCCGUACACCCUAUAACUGUGAUCGCCGAUGCGUCGACAUACCGACCAGGAACAAGAAUGUUGUGGUCCUCAGCGGCGACAAGGUCUACCUAUCGCAGUGUCAGAAUGCCAUCAAUGCCGAAACGCUGGAGGAGGUAUGGAAUGAAUCCAGCGAUAAUGUGGCCAUGACAUCGUGCUAUUUUAUAAAGAACACAUCGGAUCGUGUGGAUGCCAUCGAUUGCAUCAAUGGCUCAACUUUGGAGCAUAAUAUGCUAAGUGAUUUGACUAACUUUACAUAUCUCAGUCAUUUGCAUGUGUCGGUGGCGACCCCAGUGCCCGAAAUAGCACCACCCGAUGUCGAUCUAACUAUUUCGAAUGAAUCCAAACUGAUGAUCAAUCUGGAGGGUUGUGUGAAUACCCUAAUGGAUGAGUGCAAAGAGUUCCUCAAGGAUUUCGGACGUGAUGGCAGCGAUCAUAAUGCACGUGCCCGCUUCCCAUGUUUUUAUUCGCCAUUGAAGAAGGAUGUGGCUGUGGCACGAUUCGAUCUGGAGGCCACAUAUCGUCAAUUUGUAUUCGCCUCGGUGGUGCCAUCGGUGCUAUUUGUGGUUUCCUGUUCGGUUCUAUUACUCUGCCAGCGUACCGUCUAUGUGGGCGAUGAUGCAAAGAUGCGUUUCAAGGGUUGUGUGGAUACCGAAACGAUUCUAUCAAAGAAUACCGUUGGCGCCCCAACCAACGGUGACAUGGGCGGUGGCGGAGGCGAUGAAGUAAUGGCUCUAUGAGAUCCGUCACGCAUUCCUCUGCUUCAAGAAGACAGUCCGAUCCAUCAUCAGGCUGGUGUCUUCGCUUUGCAAUAAUAACUGAACUUCAAAACUUCUUAAGACAACAACAACCACAACAACAACAACAAAAGAAACGCCCAAUAACAAAAGCAAAAAAACAACCUUCCAUCGAACUCUUAACACCAAUUAUUAAACAAAUAAAAAUAAACAUGGCAAGACAACUACAUCAAAAA